AUGGUCGUCAAUGACUUCAAGGGCGAGCCGCCCGCCGCCGCCUACUCGCUACGGACCGUCGCGUCCAGCCAGUCUGGCCAUCGCCAGACCGUGCCCUCCGAGGCCGAAGAGCUCGACAGUGCAGCAGCCCACGAGCUACAAGACCUGCCUCCUCCAUACGAAGCCUCUCUCCACCACCACCACAACUCCACCACCGCCGCUGCCGUCGUCGCUGCAUCCCCCGACGACGCCAGCACCACCACCACCAGCAGCACGCACGGCGAUGAGUCGGCCGCCAUGGUCCGCCGGACGAGCCGCAGCACGGACAAGUCCGACGACAGCGCCGCCGCCGCCUCCGGAUACCAGCGCACGGCAAAGAUGACGUGGGAGGAAAAGGACGCCAGCGGGUACUGGGCCAAGCACGACAACGAGACGGGCGCGUGCUGCUCGCGCCGCGGCGGCUGCCUCUUCUCCGACCGCGAUGCGUGCUGCUUCUCCGACCGCGACGCCUGCUGCUUCUCGGAUCGCGACGCCUGCUGCUUCUCGGAUCGCGGAGCGUGCUGUUUUUCGGACAACGGCGGCUGCUGCUUCUCGGACAAUGGCUCCUGCUGUUUCAGUGGCACGGCGCCUGGGGAGAGAUGGAAGCCAGUUCCGUCCUUUGGGACACUGUUUAAAGGAUUUUGCUGA